AUGCACUUCGCGACUCUCGUUGGUGUGGCGGCUUUGCUGGCCGAGUCCGCUUCGGCCCACUACAUCUUCAGCAAGCUCAUUGUGAACAACCAGGUCUCCAAGGACUGGGAGUACAUUCGUCAGACUACCCGUCAGACCAACUACUACCCUACCAAGUUCCACAAGACCUUUGACAACCUGACUCCCAACGACAACGACUUCCGCUGCAACUUGGGCUCCUUCAAGAAUGCCGCCAAGACCAAGGUUGCCACCGUUGCCGCUGGCGAUACCAUUGGCAUGAAGCUGUUCUACGACGCCAUGGUCCAGCACCCCGGUCCGGGUCAAGUCUUCAUGUCCAAGGCUCCCUCUGGUAAUGUCAAGGAAUACGAGGGUGACGGCGAGUGGUUCAAGAUCUGGGAAAAGAAGAUCUGCAAUGACAAUGGCGAUCUCACCAAGGACGCCUGGUGCACCUACAACCACCCUUCCUUUGAUUUCCAGAUCCCCAAGGACACUCCCCCCGGCGAGUACCUCGUCCGUGCCGAGCACGUUGGUCUUCACGGCGCUCAGGUCAACGAGGCCGAAUUCUAUUACAGCUGUGCUCAGAUCAAGGUCACCGGUAACGGCUCGGGUGCUCCCAGCAAGACCUACAAGAUCCCCGGUCUCUACAACGACCAGAUGACCCUCUUCAACGGUCUCAACCUGUGGGUCGACAAGGCUGCCACCAUCAACAAGGACAUGGAUCAGACUCCCGUUGGUGAUGAGCCCUGGACUGGCGGCGGCAGCGCCAAGCAGGCCAGCUACUCCUCCGACUCCACUCCUUCCUCUGCCUCUUCCACCAACACCAACAGCCAGGGUGCUGAUGCUUCUAACGGCAACUCCGGGAACCCCUGGAACCAGCAGGCCCAGAAUGAUGCCUCUGCUACUCAGCACACUGAUGCCAACUGCGGUGGCCGCAUGAACUCUGCCCAGUAA